AAAAGUUGGACAAUCACAAUGGAAAACUUACCAAGUGAAAUUUUGCUGCAUAUUUUCGAUCUGUUGGAUUCUGAAACGCUUAGAAAUGUUGCAGUUCUUUGUUCAAGAUUUCAAUCCCUCAUUCACAACAGCAACCACAUCAUGGCCAAAUUCCGUGCCUGCAUCAACUUAUCAAACCUUAAUAUUGCAAAGAAAACUUUAUCAGACAUGCCGUACCGGAAGUUUGAUAUAUUUGCAUCGAGCUACUUCACCCGCAUGUCACUGGGACGAUUUGAAGGCAAAAUUAAUUCAAUCAUUGGUCAGCACACAGAAAAUAUUGAAAAUCUCCGGCUUUAUGACUCAACGACUGGAUUAGCAUCAAAAAUUUUAGUAAAUUUGGAAAACUUAACACAUUUGUGCAUUGAGAGGAUUCAAAAGUCGUUAAUUGAGGAAGACGACGCGUUAUUUUCAAUAACUUUACCAAAUUUGAAGAUUCUUGAAGUCGAUGGAGUUGAUUCGUACUUAAAAUGCCUUAGAUGCCCAAAAAUUGAGACUCUUAUUUACAGAAAUGUCGACAGUCCUAUGACAAACCAAAAUGCAGUCAGUCGAUCGCUCAACAAUUUCUUCAAACGAUCACGUACCCUCAAAGACUUUACAAUGUUUGGUGCUGUACCGAAUUUUGAGACUGAAAAAUUUGAAUUUAAAUUACAAAAAUUAAAAUUCACAAAUUAUGCGACAAAUGUUGAUGAAACUGAGGACAGUCCAAUGAUGAAGCUGCUUAAAUCACAAAAGGACAACAUCAGAGACUUGACAGUGACUGAAUAUGUCACACAAGACAUCCUCGGAAUCGCCAUAAAUGAGAUGAAAAAUCUGGAAAAAUUAAAACUUGAUUUGGAUAAAAUUUUUGCUGAACCGAGAAAUUUGAGGAUGAAUUUUAAGCUGAAGAAGCUUGAGAUCAUAAAUUUACCAAAUUUUCAUGAACAUGUCUUGAAGAUCAUCAAGAACUGCCCGAAUGUUGAAAUAUUGAAAUUUUUAUGCUUCAUUCCAGGCAUGGUUCUAAGCGACGUGUCAAGUUCUAUGAAAAAUUUACAAAUUCUAACCUUUGAAUCAACUGAAAAUGUAGACCUAAGUAAAAUCGCCUUCAACAACCUUAAAAAACUGUCAAUUUGGGAACUGAGCAAUCAAGAUCAAUUAAUAACCAUCUUCAGAGUUUGCAGUGCGUCAGCGAACUUAACAGAAUUGGAGAUUGUGAACAUUACUUAUGAAUUGACAUCUGUGGAGGUCGACAUCCUUAUUAAAAUUUGCAAAAAUGUCGAAAUUUUAAAGCUUCAUGGACACAUGGACUACGAUGAUCCUAUAAAUAUGGUUUUUUAUGGCAAUCAGACAAAAUUGAGGCUUCUUGUGCUUGACAUUUUUGUAGAUGAAGAAAGACUUGAACUUGUUCAGAUGCUGCAUGACACUAAAAUCCAGUGCAUCGUUCCUGAUGCAGUAAAUGCAUAUCGAUAUUAUACUGACAAGCGUGGACCAUCAUGUGACUAUUUGGAUCAAAUAAGUGUUGACGAUUUGGAAUCUGAAUCCAGUGACGAUGAUUCUGAAGAUUUGAGUUCUGAAAGGUCUGAAAAUUCUGAUGGAUGUCCUGAAAGUGAAGAUUUCUCUGACUUUUAUGACCAAAACUUGACUAGUUGUGAUGAGAAUUUCAGUGACUGUUCAAAUACAGACACUUCAUGUUCGCAAUGCUGCAAUGGAUCUAUCGGGUUUGAAAGAGCUUUUAGGGGUAUAAAUGGAUACGAAGGAGAGCAAGUAGUCCCUAACAAUUCGAGAAAUGAUCAGUUAUUCCCCAGAGUCGCUGAAUAUGACCAAGAAUUGUCUAACAACGAAAACCACAUCUCCAGCACUUUAACAAGUUAUUUCUCAAAAUUAUUAUAUCAAAAACCUGAAAUAUCCUACUUCAAACAGCUACAACAUCCAGUUCAUGACGUGGGAAACAGUAUUUACUAUGGAAUGCAUAUGAAUCUAACACUUUACUACUUUGAUGUUAUUUUUCCACAAAUCAAAGCUUCCAGCUGCCCAACGAGUUAUCCUAAAGUUGAAGUUCCAGAACGACUAGAUAAUGAGAACCCAAAUCAUCGAAAGCGACUUGUUUAUGAUCCAGAUAAUGAUUUGUACUUUAUGAUGAAUAUAAACAUAGCUUAUCAUCAUUUUAACAAUCAUUUUGGAGAGAAAGAAGAUCCAAAUGCAUGGAAAUUCCGUUAUUACUCGAAAAGAUUAAGACGGGAAGUUCAGAUUAUGGAAGUUGAUCAAAAUUUAGCAAAUACUGCUGAACAAGUGGGAUUAAACAAUGAAUUGAGCAAUGCUGAGGAUGAAGAAGGAGAUGUUGAAAUGGAAAUUGAUGCAGAUGAUGAGCAAGAAAUCGGAGAGGAUUACCAAGAAGAUUCUCAAGUUUCAGAAUCGGAUGAUGAAUCUCAGGAAGGAUUUUCAAGCAGUAAUAACCAAGAAUCUUCACCUCGUAGUCAAUUUCAAAUCAUUCAAAUUGAAAGUCUUUUCGACAUGUCUGAUGAAAAUGAUGAUUUAGGUAGCAAUCAGGAUCCUUCAACAAACAACGAUGAAAGUGAUCAAAACUCUUCAAAUUCAGAAGAUCCGCUACACAUAGAUGAUCAACAAAACUUAUCAAGUCAGGAUGAAAACUCGGAUUCUUCAUCAAUCAGUGAAGGUGACAUGCAGGUUGAGAUUGCUAUUCAUAAGAGACCAAGGGAAGAUGACGAGGGGAUCAGCAGCGAAGAAGACAUUUUUAUUGAAAUUAUUGAGGGAAAGAAAAAGAUCAGAAAAACUUGUUAAGUCGCUAAAAAUCACAUUUUAUUUUAUAUGCGUUACUGAAAAAUAAAAAAAAAUUUUUAAAGUUUAA